UGAUGGUGGAGUGAUUCCGGGAAAAAGGCGUUUUGCUCUCUCGUCUAAACACGAGCCGUAUUGCGACAACGUAGGUCAGUUGAAAUACCGGAGAAGCUGUGAGAAUCUAGGCCUGUUCGGUAAUCGGUGACGUGUGAUAUUAGGCGAAAAAGAAGAGAAACCCACACCAGGUUACAGGGAUACAUACUAGACAAUGACCUCAGACAGCAGAGCAAGUAAAGCCCUCAAGGUGAAAAGGGAAUGUGGGGAGAACGUCCCAGUCCUGAGCGACAGUGAGCUCAUGUCUCUGUCAGUGCGUGAGCUGAACCUGCACUUACGUGGUUUGUCAAGGGAUGAGGUGCAGAAGCUGAAGCAGAGGCGACGGACGCUGAAAAAUCGCGGCUAUGCAGCGAGCUGCCGAGUGAAGCGUGUGUCCCAGCGCGAGGCCCUGGAGCAGCAGAAGAAGGAGUUGCAGCGGGAGGUGGAGCGGCUGGGGGCAGAGAAUGCAGGCAUGCGGCGCGAGUUGGAAGGUUUGGGUGCCCGUCUUGCAGCCCUGCAGCGCUUCGCACGAGGUUUGGAAUCUGGAGGAGGCAGUCUACUGGCCACCACACCCCGCCUCAACACAGCCUCUGUCAUCACCAUAGUGAAGACACCCCAGCAGGUGCACACACCUAGAGAUCAAGGAGCAUCCUAGGGGCACCAUACUCAUGGAUAUGCAGACACAUAUAGGUACACAUUAUGACUGCACAGACAGACAGGACCAUGCUUGUUAAGAUGCAUACACCUAUUAAUUUAUACUCAUAUUUACAGGAGCAGAAACGCAUACCGGUUGGGAAACAGUUACAUCUAAAUACUUCAGUAUACACACACUGUAUAUACAGUCCUAAAACGUCCAUGAAUAAUCUCAGUACUGUUGUGCUGGCCUCAAUAUAAUGACAAGUGUAUGUGUCUGCAUUAAGCUAUUGCUAAUAUGCCCAUGUUGAUAUUACUGUGCUUUCUGAGAGGCCAUCCAUGUUGAAAACAGUCCUAGCAACACCGUUGUCUUCACUAGAUGUGUGAGUUUGACUCAUCAUGUGUGACCACAAACAUUUCAGAAGCUGGUUAGUUUUGCUGGAACAUCUCCUUGGUAUUAAUUAUUCAUGGGCCUAUAGAAUGUUAAGUCAGAGCAGAUAUAUUGAUACAUGCCAUUUAUAUAUUUUAAUGUUUGUGUAAAAGACAAAUGUUCUAUAACAGACAUAAAAGCUAUUUUAUUUGUUUUCGAGACAGGUAAUUUGUUCUGUGAUUGGUCUAAAUACUACUAGUGUGGAAUCAUUCUCUUGAUUAUUGUAAUGGGUUUGACAUGAGUAUUUUUUUUAAUGUUUACUUGUUGUAAUGAGUAGUGUGGUAAUGGUAAGGUAAAUGGCCCCAUUACUUGUAAGAUGAUUCAGUUUGUGUGAGGGUCAUAUUUGUACUAAUAUUAGAGCAGCUCGUUUGUAGUGGUAUUUUUGUAUUUAAAACCAAGACCAUAUAUAUUAUUUGCUAUUUAUGAUUAAAAACGUAUCUAAUUAUUUUGGAUCGUUGGAAUAUAUAUAUAUAUAUAUAAAAAAAUACCAUUAGAAGGAGGUAGAGGAAGAGAAAUCUGAGAAAGAUGUGAAAAUAGAGAAAGAGGAAGAGAGAAGCCAUGAGGAGAAGUGAGCAUUUAUAUGGGCUCACAUGGGGGAAAAAAGGAGGAUUAGAAAGUGACAGAGGGAAAGUGAGACACAAAAUGAGAAAUGAUAUCACAUGUCACAUUAACUUGUAGUCAUCGAGAAGGUUCUAGCCCACUACAAGCCUGGUUUACUCCAGAAGAUGGGGGUUAUACUGUAUGAUCAGGUAAAAAUCAAUCGUUUUAAACAUUUUGACAUCUCUGCUAAAUUUGUAAUUAAAUGUUUUUAGUUAUGUCAUCAUCCAUACUGAUCAUCAUUUAAACUUGGAAUAUAUAAUGCCCAUGCCCACGUUUCUGCAUUCAAAUGUGCUAAUUGUUUUGUAAGAGGGCGAAGCACAAAAAAAGUGACGUAUUUAUUAUCUGUAUUUUUCUAUGAUAAAUUCAGUGUCUAUUUUAUAUCAUUUAAUUGAAAU